AGAAGGAGGCCGUAGGCGAGUGUUUCAAAUUUGUUAACGUGGCCACGGCUCUGCCUCCAACAUACGGAUUCUUUUAGAUAAUAUGAUGGCGGGAGAGGUUCAAGAGCCAUUUAACCUAAGCCUUUUGGAGAAUUCUAUACACUCGGGAUCAGUAUCAUUUGGAAGAUUCGAGAAGGAAUCUUUAUCAUGGGAGAGGAGAUCAUCCUUCUCUCACAAUAGAUAUCUUGAAGAGGCAGAGAGAUUCUCUAAACCAGGCUCUGUUACUCUGAUGAGAGCUCAUUUCGAGGCGCAUUUUAAGAAGAAAGGGAUUCGGUUUCCGGGUUCUGCUGAAGCUCAAACAUGGGGAGAAGUUGUUCAUCAUCAAACUUGUACUGAGAAAGAUGAGAACACAAGUCAAUUUGGUGAUUCUUGUGUGAGUUAUGACGAGACGAUUCUUGUGAAUUCGGAUGAUGAUGUUCAUACUUCUAUUUCUGUUGCUUUGGAGAAAACUGAAAUUGGCCGCAGUGAAGAUGAAAAAGAAACAACAUCUUCUUCCUCCACAACUAGAUUGAAGCCUUUGAAAAAUGUCCACAAAUCUGUUCCUUGUUCCGCGGCCAAAGCUUCUACAAAGAAGCAUGUUGUCAUAGCGAAGGGAUCUUCUCCAAGUAGUUGUAAUACUAAAACCAGUAUUGACACUAAGAGACAAAAGGAAUUGAAGCCUAAGAGUGUAGUUAAAACCAUAGCAUCUCAAGCUCCAACAACAUCAAAGAAAUCUGAGAGCCUAACAACUCCUUUGGUGGCUACAAGAGAAAAGAGAACAACUACUAAUGGUUUCAGUUUCAGAAGUAACGAACGAGCCGAGAAGAGGAAAGAGGAAAAGGUAAAAGCUGUAGUGCCUAAAGAUCUUAACUUUAAAGCAAGACCAUUGCCUAAAAGCACACAAACUAGACCUCAACACACGUCAACAGGUCAGGCAAAGGCAAAGGCAAGAGAUGAUCACUCAUCUAUAGCUAGUUGUGAUCGGUCAUUGGCAAAUGGAAUGGUUAAGAGUAAGCUCAUUAUUAACAAACAGACAGCGGAUAUACAGAGGAGUCUAAACGGAAUUCGACCAAAGACAAGCGAUCAGACCGCAAGAAACAAUACACACAGAAGGAGUUUAGCGGUUAGGCGUUCUGCGGUUGAGGUUGCUUUGUGAGCUUUUUUUUUUUUUUGAAUCUAAUGUUAAAUUAUAUUCAAAAGAAAAAAUACGUUGUUAC